AUGCUAACAAGGAGUAAAUGUGGGGUAUUUAAGCCUAAGUUCUACGUGGCUAGGUAUGAUGACAUGAGACCCCUUAAUGUUCAUAAAGCAAUUCAGUCACCUCAUUGGAGAGCAGCAUUGCAUGCAGAGAUUGAAGCCUUAAGGAGGAAUGGCAAACAUAAAGCGAGGUUAGUAGCUAAAGGGUAUUCACAAAUGCCAGGGUAUGAUUUUGGUGAAAUUUUCAGCCCAGUUGUGUUCAUGCAGCAGCCACCUGGGUUCGAGCAAGUAGCUGCUGAUGCAUACACAUCUCUUUUUGUUCGUUGGGAUGAUGUUCAGUAUGUUUACAUACUUGUGUAUGUUGAUGACAUAGUGCUGACUGGAAGCUCCAACAAGCAGAUUGAUGAAGUGGUGAAGUUACUUGGAAAAGAGUUUGCCCUGAAGGACCUUGGUGACCUUCAUUUUUUCUUGGGCAUAGAGGUUAAACGAUGUGGUAGUUCCUUAAUUCUCAGUCAAAGGAAGUUUAUAGUAGAGUUAUUAAUGAAAACAAAAAUGAACACUGCUAAUCCAACAUCUACACCCAUGCUAGUGUCUGCUAAGUUGAGUCAAGAUAAGGGGGUGCUACUUGAGGAUGCCUAUAAGUAUCGAAGCAUUGUAGGGGCAUUAUUGUAUGUUUGUCACACUCGUACAGAUAUUACCUUCAGUGUCAACAAGGCAUCACAAUAUAUGUAUGCUCCAAGGCAAGAGCAUUUGGUUGCAGUUAAGAGGAUUUUGAGGUAUCUGGUGGGAACGAUUAAUCACGGUCUGGUCAUAGCACCUGCAGUAGCAGGGUUCAAUGUAGUAACCUUUGCAGAUGCUGAUUGGGUUGCAAGCAAAGAUGAUCGAAAAUCUGUGUCCGAUUAUUGUGUGUUUGUAUGUGACAACCUUAUAAUAUGGAACUCGAAGAAGCAAAAUUCAGUAUCCAGAUCGACCAUGGAGGUUGAGUAUCGAAGUGUAGUAGAUGUUACUACUGAAACAACUUGGGUAGACGCUCUCCUAAGUGACUUGGGCUUUGCAAGGCAGAAAAUUCCUAUAGUUUGGUGUGACAACAGCAGUGCUGUAGCCAUGACAGCUAAUAAUGUCUAUCAUGCAAAGAGUACACAUGUUGAACUUAAUGUGCACUUUGUUCAUGAAAAGGUGGCAUUGAAGCAAGUGUUGGUGAACUAUGUACCAGGGAGUCACCAGGUUGCUGAUGGAUUUACAAAGCCAUUGGUUGGUGCUCGAUUUGAAAAUUUUAAAGCCAGGGAAGCUGUUAGAGCAGUUGCUAGUUGGUUAGUUGUUAAGCAGUUAAGGGCUGCUGUAAAGUUCUGUAAACUCUUGUAUAUAAGGAGUAUUAUAGAUCAAUAA